AUGGCGAAUCAAUCCACUAAUGAAAAGUGUAUCGAAUGUGGCCAAACUGGUCAUGGUUCGACAGCAUGUAACAAUGGUAGAGUUGCAACUUUUAAUCUUUUCGGUGUGAAGAUUGAUCCGAAAACCGUUGAAAGAAGACAUGGGAAAGAGAAGGAAGUUGAUCAUGUCGAUAACGGUGUUGGUAAUCUGAUUCGGAAGUGUAAAAGUAUGCAGAUUUUGAAUGUAUCCAACAAUGACAAUAAUGGUUCUAUGGAUCGCGGGUAUUUAUCAGAUGGACAUCAUGAUCAUAAGAAAAAAGGGAUGCCAUGGACAGAAGAUGAACAUAGAUCUUUUUUAACCGGUCUAGAAAAGCUCGGAAAAGGUGAUUGGAGAGGGAUAUCAAAGAACUAUGUGCCAACAAGAACUCCAACACAAGUAGCUAGCCAUGCCCAAAAGUAUUUUAUAAGAUUGAACGUGUCGCAGGAAAAAGCAAAGCGCAGAUCAAGCCUUUUCGAUAUGCCUUUUAAUGAAUCUCCUUCAGUACCUACUGCACCUGUGGCUCCUAUACCACCAGCUCCUAUAAAUCCCGGUCUACACGCUGCACGACCCCCAAUUUCACACAUGAGCCGGCCUUACCACUCUCAAGAUUAUGGCCGCAUGAACAUGGGUUAUCAGAACAGCAAUAUUGAGCAGCAGAGUUCUAAUGAUCCUAAAUGUUCAGCAGUGAUAUCUUUUAUUCCAGUGGUGAGUUUUCCGAACCAGGGCCGUGUCUUUCCACUCAACAACGGAUGGACUCAACGUCUCAUGACUCGAGCCCCGUUUGUGCCUCAGCCUUAUCUGCCCAUAACUCCUCAAGGGGAGCAAAGGAUCACAGAAGUUAUUGAUGUUGAUAUGACUUGA